UUGAGGAUACGUGGAUCGGACGUCCCAACCGUCGGAAUGGUCGACGCCCGCCAAUAUUUAGUAUCAAUAUGUGGAAUUGCUAUGAUUCAGUAAUACAGGAUCUUCCGCGUACGAAUAAUUCGGUAGAAGGAUGGCAUCAUGCUUUCAAUGCAGCACUUGGAGCAAACCAUGUUUCAAUAUGGAAAUUCAUACGCUUCUUAAAAAAAGAACAAGUGUUACAAGAGGUUCGAUUGGAAAAACGAUUAUCGGGAGAAUCAAGUCCACCACGCCGUAAAAAGUACAACGAUCAUGAUAUAAAAAUAAAAAAAAUUGUGGAAAAUUGCUCAGAAAUACCAGCAGCUCAAUAUUUAAGGGGUUUAUCUUACAAUAUUCAGUAUUAAGUAAUUGGUACUAAUUUUAAUUUAAUUAAUUAAGUUU